UUAGAUUUCUCUUUCUGACUUCACUGUUCUCCAGAGCCGGCUGAGUUGGAAUCUAAAAAGCCACUCGAGCUCAAUCAUGACCGCAGAAAUUUGGGACGUUAUUAUUGUUGGUGCCGGGCUCUCUGGACUGAGUGCAGCUCACAUGCUCCAAAAGAAGAAUGCUGGGAUGAAGAUACUGAUAUUGGAAGGAAAAGAUCGGGUGGGAGGUCGCACACUCUCCGCUGAAAUACCAGCAGCCAAUGGUGUUGAUCGCUGGGACUUUGGGGGGCAGUGGGUGGGAAGCACCCAAACACAUGUCUUAGAGCUCAUAGAGGAGUUGGGCUUAGAGAUCUACCCACAAUACAACACUGGCAAAAAGGUGCACCACAUGGGCGGACCGAAUGGCAAAGUUCGAGCCUACAGUACCAGUAUCCCUUUGUUAUCCCCACUGGUGUUAAUGGACUUCACUCAGAUCCUGUGGAGGAUCAACAGAUUGUGUGCCACAGUAUGUGUCCAGGAUCCUUCGAGGACUCCCAAUGCCACUGAACUGGACAGCAUGACACUGCACUCAUACUUUGAGCAACAUGCCUGGACUGAAGAACUGAAAGAGGAGCUCGGGAUAUGUACCAGGUCCGUCUUUGGCAUCGAGCCAGCCCAGAUGUCCUUCUUAUUCUUCCUUGUGUAUGCUGCAGCAGCUGGAGGGCUGCUGCCGCUGUUGGAGAGCUCCCCAGGCACUGCACAAGAAUCUAAGAUAAAGGGAGGCACCCAACAGCUUUCAGAGCGUCUGGCAGAACGUCUAGGGUGGAAGAACGUCCAGCUGGGUUCUGCUGUGAAGGCCAUAUGGCAGGAUGCUGAGUGGGCCCGGGUGAUGACUGCUUCCAACACGUUCCUGUGCAGAGCUGUGAUCGUCACCUGCCCCCCUCAUUUGGCAGCAAAGAUCCAGUACCAGCCAGCGCUACCCAGCCAGAGAGAAUUCCUUACCCAGAACAUGCCUGUGGGCCACAUGAUAAAAUUCAUUAUUACCUACCAGACGGCUUUCUGGAGGGAGAAGGGCUUCUCUGGAGAAAUAGUGGUGGGUUCCUCCACUGAGUGUCCGUUCUGUGUCACCUUCGAUGCCACCAGUCCCAGUGGAAACGCUGCCUUGGUUGGGUUCUUUGCCGGCGAGCUGGCUACCAAGUGGACCUCAAUGGAGGGUGGAGAGAGAAGAAAAGCUGUGGUUUCCAGCCUGGUCAAAUACCUAGGUCCUGAGGCUGCAUCUUUCAUCCACUAUGAAGAUAAAGACUGGGCCAAGGAGGACUACAGUGGGGGCUGUCCUGUUAAUGUCAUGGCACCUGGUCUGCUAACAUAUUACCACCCCAGCUUGAGGAAGCCCUGUGGCAGGAUUCACUGGGCAGGCACAGAAACAGCCACCCAGUGGUGUGGGUACAUGAGUGGUGCAGUGCAAUCAGGCCAGCGAGCUGCCCUGGAAGUCCUGGCUGAACUCUGCCCGAUGGUCCUGACCCAGGAGGAGCAGGAAGCAGUGCAGCUCAGUCAAACCGACAAAGGUCCGGUCAAGAAAACCCAGUCGUCUGGGCUCACGUACCUGCCUUCAAGUCGGACUUUGGCCAUAGCAACACUGACCAUAAGUGCUGUUCUUUUGCUUGCUCGUCAUCCACAUGCAUUCCUGAAGAUCAAAUCUUUCUUCAUAGAUGUGCUUUCAACAACCAGGCAAAACAUAUUCAAAUGAUAGGAGAAACCUUCAGAACAGGAACAAUAAAACAGCUUUAUUAACAUUCCUUAUUUUAUUUUUUUUUAUAAAUAUCAAAUGGUGUUACUAAAUACAUUAAAUCAAAAUUAAGCAUGUAUUGAUGUUCAUAAACCUCCUAAAACCUGAGCUUUCAUUUUUCUAUGCAUUCUUAAUAUAUCUAUCUCUAUUUGGGAUCAGUAAGACCUGAUAGUUUUAAUAACUAAACAUUGAAUCUCAAGUAGUUUUCAAACAAACUGGUGCAAUUAAAUGUGGACAGUGGGUCUAUUUUAUUGUAUAACAUAGUGAGGACAGCCUUGUGUAACACAAUAUGGGCAAUUUUGCAAAAUUGGUGCAAAAAAAAGAAGUUAUUCAAUACAUUUUCUAUAACUGCAUUUUGGUAACACCUUAAGGUACACACUUCUAAGAUGUUCCAAUUGAAUCUACUUUUUUGUUCAGCAGUUUUUAAUAUUUUUAUCUUCCAAAUUCUUCACUACUGAAACUUAGAAGUUCUAUGAGAAAAUGAAAAUUAUCUUAAAAAUAUUUUUAUAUUUUAUUUAAAAUUGCAUACAUAAUUAUUUGUCUUUUGAAAUAUGAUUCAGUUCAUGCCGUGCUUUAAUUAAACAUUUUUAAAAUAUGUUUCUUUGGGCAUCUUUCCAUUUGUAAUAGUAAUUUGAACUGCUUUCAAGUAGAGGAUUCAUUAAUUUUAACCCCCAUUUAACUAAAACACAUCAAAACAUCAUAAUUAAUGGUUCAAUAUCAUGUUAUUUUUGAGAAACAAUGUCAUGUUACAGUGCUGACAGCACUGUUUUGGUGGCAACAGCAGUGAUAUGGUUGUAAUAAAUCUUCAAAAUAAAUGUGUUUUUUUCUUAUAUUUUGAAAUAUAUCCAAGCGGUAUUUAAAAAAAAAAAAAAAAAAAAAAAAAAACUCUUGCAAAAACUGUAAUAGUUUUGCUCUCACAAAAUGAAUUAUCUAAACUUUAUCUUUAUGUUUCAUGAGAUUAUAGCUAAAUAUUGCUUAUUAUUCACAAUUAAACCAAUUUCAAUUUUUUUGUGUGUAUUUCUGGACCAAGAUUGAACCACUUUGGCAGAAUGGCCCAGAUACAGCAUAUUCAAAUACCUAAACAAGGCUGUGACACAAAAUAAAAGGUAAAUAAUAUAUCAAAUCUCCUGAAUGAUCUUUUUCUACAGGAUUAUGUUUCUGAAAAAAGCUGCGAAAAAUAAAAUGAAUGGGAUGCCUCAGAGUUUCUCCAUCAGUCUGUCUACUCCUAACAGAGAAAUAAACUCUGGAGAUGUAUACCAGACAACAAAAAUUAAUGUAGACUAGUUUGUAACACAUGCACUCAUCAGUAACGCUCACAUUUAAUUUGAAAUGGCUUAAAUCUGUCAACGCUAUAUUUCUUUAUUUUUACACCAGAAAGGAAUCUCAUUGUCCCUUAGUGAAUCUUUUCUUUUUAGCGCUGUUGCAGCUUUUUACUGUUGAUUAAACUUGUCAAAUUUGCA